GCGCUGCUCGGCGUGACUGUUGCCGGGCGGAGGGGCGCGCCUCUCGGCUUUUCCUCCGCGCCCCCGCGGCCCCAGCGCGCCGCCCGAGAGGACCCGGAGGAGGCAGGUGGCUUUCUAGAAGAUGACCAUAGAGGACCUUCCAGAUCUUUCAUUAGAAGGAAAUCCUUUGAUCGGAAGAUACCCGUUUUUGUUUCCAGUUUCUGAUACACCAGUUAUCUUUUCUGUUUCUGCAGCACCAAUGCCUUCAGACUGUGAGUUUUCUUUCUUUGAUCCUAAUGAUGCAUCGUGCCAGGAAAUUCUCUUUGAUCCCAAAACUUCAGUAUCAGAAUUAUUUGCCAUUUUAAGACAGUGGGUUCCUCAGGUCCAGCAGAACAUUGACAUUAUUGGAAAUGAGAUUCUCAAGAGAGGUUGCAAUGUGAACGACAGAGAUGGAUUGACAGAUAUGACUCUUUUACAUUAUACCUGCAAGUCUGGAGCUCAUGGUAUUGGUGAUGUUGAGACCGCUGUAAAAUUUGCAACUCAACUUAUGGAUCUGGGAGCAGAUGCUAGUUUGCGGAGUCGCUGGACAAACAUGAAUGCUUUGCAUUAUGCUGCUUAUUUUGAUGUCCCAGAGCUUGUUAGAGUGAUUUUGAAGACAUCUAAACCAAAAGAUGUGGAUGCCACUUGCAGUGACUUUAACUUUGGAACAGCUCUGCACAUUGCAGCAUAUAAUUUGUGUGCAGGUACUGUGAAAUGCUUACUGGAGCAUGGAGCAAAUCCUGCAUUUAGGAAUGACAAAGGACAGAUCCCUGCUGAUGUUGUUCCAGACCCAGUAAAUAUGCCGCUAGAGAUGGCAGAUGCAGCAGCAACUGCCAAAGGAAUCAAGCAGAUGCUGCUGGAUGCGGUGCCUCUGUCAUGUGAUAUCUCAAAGGCGAUGCUUCCAAAUUAUGAUCAUGUUACUGGCAAGGCAAUGCUGACAUCACUUGGCCUGAAGUUGGGGGAUCGUGUUGUUAUUGCAGGACAAAAGGUUGGAACAUUAAGGUUUUGUGGAACAACUGAAUUUGCAAGUGGGCAGUGGGCUGGUGUUGAACUGGAUGAACCAGAAGGAAAAAACAAUGGAAGCGUUGGAAAAGUCCAGUAUUUUAAAUGUGCCCCCAAAUAUGGUAUUUUUGCACCUCUUUCAAAGAUAAGUAAAGCAAAAGACCGAAGGAAGAAUAUGGUACACACUUCUUCCACAAAAGCUGUACCUCUCAUCAGGUCCCAGAGAAUUGAUGUAACCCAUGUAACGUCAAAAGUAAACACUGGAUUAAUGACCUCAAAAAAAGAUAGUGCUUCUGAAUCAACACUUUCAUUAGCUCCUGGUGAAGAAUCGAAAACUGUAACAGAGAAAGAUGUUACCCUGCUUGGAUCCAUCAGCAGCUCCUCCUCUACAUCUUCUUUGGAACACAGACAGAGCUACCUCAAGAAAUUGAGUGCAAGUGGCAAUAACAAGAAGACAGUGAGCAAAAGCUCUUCUGUUUCAUCUCGAGCCAGUGCUGGUUUGAAUUCCUCAGCAACAUCUGUAGCAAAUGAUACCCGUCGUGCUGGAGACCUCCGCCUUGGAGACAGAGUGUUGGUGGUAGGCCAGAGAAUUGGUACCAUUAAGUUCUUUGGGACAACAAACUUUGCUCCAGGAUAUUGGUACGGUAUUGAGCUUGAAAAACCCCAUGGCAAGAAUGAUGGUUCAGUUGGAGGUGUGCAGUACUUUAGUUGUUCUCCAAGAUACGGCAUAUUUGCUCCCCCGUCCAGGGUGCAAAGAAUAACAGAUUCCGUGGAUACUCUUUCAGAAAUUUCAUCAAAUAAACAGAAUCAAUCUUAUCCUGGUUUUAGGAGAAGUUUCAGUACAACUUCUGCUUCUUCCCAAAAAGAGAUUAACAGAAGAAAUACUUUUGCCAAAUCAAAAACUGCUUUGCGUCGUAGUUGGAGCAGCACUACUGCUACUAUUGAAGGGAGCGUGAAGCUGCGAGAGGGCGCUCAGGUCCUCCUCACCAGUUCUAAUGAGAUGGGUACUGUUAGGUACGUGGGCCCCACAGGCUUUGCUUCGGGUGUGUGGCUUGGACUUGAGCUUCGAAGUGCCAAGGGAAAGAAUGAUGGAGCAGUCGGUGACAAACGCUACUUUACGUGUAAGCCAAACCACGGAGUCUUAGUUAGACCAAGCAGAGUAACCUACCGGGGAAUUAAUGGGUCAAAGCUUGUGGAUGAGAAUUGUUGAGUUAAACUUGUAAACAAUUAAACGAGCUCUAGCAUACUAGUAUACUAUAUAGUGUAUGUAUAUGCAUAAGUGGUAUACACACACACAAACGGGAUAGAGCUAGUAUAUGUGUAUAAAUCUAUAAAUAAAAUAUAGGGUAUAAAAUAGAGUCCAUGGUUUAUGGACUAUUUAUCCAGCCAUUAUUUAAAUGUUGAAAAUAUGGUUAUCUUCACGAAAACCAUUACACCUAUUCCUCACUUAUCGACUAUCUCGUUAUCCAACAUUUUCCAUUUAUGACAAUAGUAAAAAAAAAAAUCAGUUAUCCCACUACUCUGUAUAUUAAUGAGGAGCCAAGGCAAGAGGAGGUUGGGGAGAGUUUGUGAGAGGGAGGGAGAGUAGUACCCGGGUGCGGGAGGAGCCAGGCCAGGCCCGUGGCUAGCAUCGAGCGGGUGGGUAGGAGGCAGGGGCAGCCAGGCCACAGGAGUUGGGCAGGGGGCUCAGAAGUCUCUUCCAGAGAAGUUUCUCUGCCACCUCUGCAGCCAGCACUGGGCCCAGGUGGUCAGGCCUCAACUGCCUGCAGGCCUGGGAGCUGCCUGCUGCCAAGGGCUGUCUCUGGGGCGGGUGGAACAGGAAGGUGAAGAGGCCAGGCGUGAUGGUCCCCGCUGAGGCCUGGAGUGCGGCCAGGCGAUGGUGGGCUCCUGCUGCCCUGGGGGCUGCAGGCAACCACCGCCAACCACCACCACUGACACCCAGCCCCUGCGGGCUCCCAGUGGUGGGGGAGGGCCUGCUGGGGGCACCCGAGGGCAGUGAGUGACCAGGGGUGGGGUUGGGGGGACACCCGCUGAAGACGGGUGCAGUCUGGUCUCUCACUUAAUGCGGUUUUCGCAAAAUGACCUGAUUGUUGGAACCUAGCCUUGUGGAUAAGUGAGGAGUGGGUGUGUAACAUUUCAGAGAGAAUUCUUAAAAAACCCGGAAGUAUGACUUCCGGCCCUGAUACUCAAAAUAGAAAUAUUACAUUACCAUGAUUCUCUUAAAAUAAUUUAAAGAUAAGAAAAUUUUAAGGCUUUAUACCCAUGAAAAUUCUGGUAGUUAAGAAAAAAAUGUGCCAUUAGAUUACCAACUGAUGUAUUACUUUGCUUACUGUUUCAUUUUUGCCCAUGACAUUGCAUUUUUCAUAGUGCCCAUAAUUGUGAAGGUUUUCACUAGCUUUGGUUAAUACAUGGUAUUCACAUGACCUUUUCCUGCUAAGCAUUUUUGGAGUUUUUAAUCCCUUUCUGUGCUUUAUUAUUAAUAAGUACAAAAAGCUAGAGAUUUUUCAUAUUUUUCUGUAAAUUAUUUGCCUUUUCAGGGAUGCCUCAUAUAAAGGUAUGUUAGGAUUUCAGGGUUGAAGGGGGCCCUAGAGGCCCUCCAGCUCAGCCUCUUGCCCAUUGCCAACUAAGGAAAUGCAAGUCUAAAGCGGUUGUUCUAUAACCAGGGCCGCUUAGCUAUAGCUCGCUGCUUGACAGAGCUGAGCAUAGAGUUUGGUCUCUUGCCUCAUGGCUCAGUGCUCUUUCCUUUAUACAGUGUGUGUAAUCUCAGAUUUUUCUUUUGUGCUGCCUGGCUGACUCAUCCGGAUGCCUACAAAAACCCAUGAUUAACAUUUAUGAAUUCAAGUCAUAAUUAGAAUUUUUUUGCAUGUAAUUAAGUUUCUUAUUGGACUUAUCUGUAAAAUACACAUAACACACACACGAGAAGCACUUUUAAAACACAAUGCACUUUCACCUUUAUGGAGAAUUUGUCAUCAUUUCCUCCUAGGAUAUGAACAACAUUUUUAAAAAACGUAUUUAAGAGAGCAAAGUAAGAUGUGUUGAGAAGAGUGUAGUAAUUCAUUAAGUGUUUAUGAUUUCUCGACUUUAGUUUUAUUUUUCAUAAAACUGGUUUUGUGUUUGCUAUUGUUGCUGUUUUUAUAUUUCCAGUUGUUGCAGAGUUCAGCCUGUUAUAAAGCUACCGAACUGUAUCAGGUUGUAUCUUCCAUCCUGUGCGCGUUAACAAAUCUAAGCUUUGUAGUAGAGUGAUGUAAUGAUGGAAGUGCUUAUGUUGUGGUAUGUACUGAACUCUGUGUCCUAUAUGUGUAAAGGCUUACCUUUCAUUGUAGAUAUUUAGACUUUAUGUUACCACAGAAAUAGUGGAACAGUUUCCUUUAUAAAAUUAAAAGUAUCAUUCAGAAUGGAGCUCUCUUUGUGCUUAGAAAUAAUAUGUUGAACUAUUUUGCAAUAUACUAUUUUUAAUCUAAAUCCUGUUGCUUUGUUGCCUUUUUUAAAGUGUGGUAUUUCAAAGAUUGCUAGAGCUAUUUUCCUGAAAUGCAUUUGCAAAAUAAGGCUGCUUUGUAAUCCAAGUAUAUUUUUUAUUGACUGAAGAAAAUGUACUAUAAUUCAAAAGUAAACUUAUUUUAUUAUACAGUUUAUUGCUUAAAAACUGUGUUUGUACCCUAGCAUGAAGUCCGUUGACUGCACUGGCCUUGGAUGGCCACAUUCUUCCUGUCAGAUACUAAACAGCCCAGGUUAGAAGCAGUAAUGCAACACUGAAUUUAUUUUCAAGGCCAAAGAACCAGUUGUUUUCUUUGUACUAGAUUAAGAUUAUUAAAUCCAUAUAAAGUAUAUGUUUACAUCUAAUAUACAUACAAAUGAGAUGUUUGCAUUUGUGCCUAGCUUAUUAAAUGUCAUUCAAAGUUUACUUCUUGAGCAUUAAUAAAAAGGGAAGCUGUUGUGGCUUUGGAAUUGUAUCUUGUCAUUUACCCUGUCUGCACCUGUCCUUUUCUUGGCAGCUCAGGCUGCAUAUGCUUCGUACUUAACACUUGUAUUUUCUCUUAGAAAUGGCUUGGAUUUGCCCUAUCCCUACAGUCUUAAUAAGUAUCAUACUUUCUACUCAACAAAUAAAGUUAUGUGUUUAGCUACCUUCUUGUAAGUAUCGUUUUGAUGGGUAGAGAGUCAUUUUAGGAAAGAGCAUGUUUCUGUAGUUUUCUAACAUCUCUUUAACCUUCUUUUAUACAGCUAGGGCUUCAUUUGUUUAUUUAGGGCAGGUGGAACACUUUGAAUUUAGAUGAAACAAACGGGUAUAAAUAAUAACCUACAUUCUAGUAGAGAGCUUUAUUUUUAUAUUUUAGAAUAAUUUGGGGGAAAUAUUUUUAAGAGCAUGAAAAUCUUCAGAUACAGAUGUUUUGCUGUAUUUGAAUAGAAGCUUUUAAUCUCGGUCUGAUUCCCUUGCACCCUCCUGCCCAGAACUCUUUGUCCCCCUCUCCCGUUUUUAGCUUUCUUCUUAGCAUUUUCCACUGUUGGUCCUGCCAGACUUUUACUUAUGUAUUUCUCUUUUCCCCCACCAGACUGAAGGAUGGAUUUUGAACUGUUUUGUUCAUCACUUUAUAUCUAAUACCUGGAAUAAACCUGGGCACCUAGUAGAUGCUCAGUUAAUGUUCGUUGAAUGAACGAAGGCAGUGAAGACCACUGAUUGUUUAAAACAUAGCUCUUAUCUAGCUAGCUUUAGAUACCAGGCCCUGAGAGACUCAGUCACAGCACACAGAAAUUUUGCUAGGUAAAGGGGGCAGGGGGACAGGAGAGGUUUGAAUCAUGGCUGCCCAUCUUUGUCCCCAAAGAGUGACAUGUAGGAGACAGAAAGAUGUCAUGGUAGGGCUAGGGAAGGGGCAGGAAAGCCACAACAGGGUUACCUAAGAUGACUGCUUAACUCUUUUGCUUGGGACCACCUUUGGAGUUCUGUUUUCAUAUGAUGAUACUUUAGAGAACACAAUAAUAAAGUGCUUGAUCUAAUAUAGCUAGAAUGAACUGUCCAUAGUGCUGGACUCCCAUGCUAAGCAUUUUUGUUUCAGCUAGAAUUUUCUUUUGAGGUCGCCUAUUUAGAACAUAUGAAAAUUGGCCAAUGGCCAGAAACCAAAUGUGUUAAGAAUCAUUCUUAUUGGAGAGACAGAUCUAGUAAUUUUAACUACUCACGGUGCAUCUGUUAUCUAAAUGAUUGACUCAGACAUAUUAAUAUGUACCACCGCGUUGCAAGCCAAUAGAAUUUAUUUUUAAUUUUUUCUUCAUGCCCUUUGCUUCACUACACUUACAUAAUACAUAUAGUUAAUACAAAACUCACAUUAUCACAUAUUUUUAGUAAUUGUUUAAUAAUAUCCCUUGAUAUGUAGGCCCUUAUUUAUAAACAAUGUUACAUAAACUGCUUGUAUAUACAACAGAUGUUCCUAGUGAAGUGUGUAUAGGCUGAACGAGUUAGACAGUGAGAUUUUUAUUAAAAGCAGAAUAUAUGAUGCCUUUGCAUAGGCAAAAGAAAUUUUUUCUCCCUAAAAUUUUGCUAAUGCUUUUUUAUAAAAAAAAAUUUUAUAGGAGGGAAAAAAGAAAUGUAUGUGGAGGAAUUAGAGUUGAUGACAGUAAUAUAUUCGUAUUCUGUUUGGUAGAAAUAAUUUUUUUUUUUUUCUGCUUACAGCCUCUCCCUUGGGGAGAAAGGCACCAAGGAGUGGGGAAACUGUUCCCGGUUUUCAUUUUAGAAUAUCUUAUAGUGACUAGAUUCUCAUGAAUAUAAAGCAGCAACAAGUGUAUAUUUUACACCUGUUCAUCACUGACUAGACAUUUCAGAUAGUGAAGUCUGGUGGUUGCAGUGGUGGUGCUGAGGAGGGGCAGUGAGUUCUGGCUUAUGGAAAGGAAAGAUAUUUUAGGUAUUUAAAUGGAGGCUAUCAGCUUAAAACAUAACCUGUUUCCAAUGCUCACUGGUGCCGUUUAAAAAAUGCUCAUCAAUCUAGUUUAAGUUCAGCUGUAAAAUCGUGAAUGAAUGCAGGCACAUGAUUGUGUUGGUACUGUAGAUAUUUAUACAUUUACACAUACACACACCCCAAUAGGCUUCUUGGUCAGGAGGAAUUUGGUCUCAGCAUUACAUAAUAGAGUUUUUUGAAUUGGCAAAGUGAAAUUAAAUUGCUAGUCUAAAUCGACUUAUACUGUACUGAAUCUGAAUUUUAGGCAUUUCUUAAGGAUAGGUUUAACUAUACAGCUGGUGUCUGUGUUCUCCCUGGCCUGUGUCAGUCUUAUAAAGGUAAAGUUCUCUGAACUCCAGCUCAAUAGGGUUCUUCAUGGCUUUACAUGAAGUAGACUUACGGUCUUAAAAACUGAGCUCAUUAUUAUUUUUCACAUUACCAAAUCAAAUAAGACUGACAUGGAAAUGAAUCAUGUAAAAAUUAUAUGCACAGCUUCAAGCUGUUCUUUUUCUGAUACGACUUCUGAGAGUCAGCUUGAAACUCACUCAACAGUGUUAAUGGUAUUGGCUGCCCCAGACAGUUCUUCUUAGGAAAGAUAGGCAUUACUAUCUAGUUUCUUUGGAAAAAGUUCCUAAAAUAGAUUUUUUAAUGAAUUUUAAUAGUUAUAAAAAGCCUCAGUCAUGGCAGGGGGAAGUGAAUUUUGUAUUACAGAUAAUAGCAUAGAGCAGAAGAGAAAGCAAAAAUUCAGUCCUCUCUAUUGAACCUACCAAUAAAAAUGAGUUUCUAAUAUGAAUUCCAAUAGAUUACACAUCAAUUAAAAAUAUUGUAAUUUUCUCAAAUAAUCAUGUCUCCUUGAAGGAAAUAGAACCUAGGGAAUUAAGAAAUAGCUAGAGAUUCUUGAAGCCUCCCUUCCCACCUCCUGGUAUGUGACAAAGGAAAUCCAUGCAGUGCUCUGUUUAGUUUCUUCAUAAAACAUCUCCAGCUGCUUACUGGUAUAUAAAGAGAAAGAAUUUCUGUCUUUAAAAUUAUUUCUUCUGAGCGAUAUCAGAUAGUAUGUAAGUACUACAUUGAGAAUAAUGGAAAGGAUUCAAAUUAUUUUUUUUCUCAACUAUUAGAUGCACUAAAAUGUAGGAAAUUCACCUGCAGUCUUCCCAGUCUUAUCUUUUGGUGAGAUGUCUGCAAUGGCUAUCUUUUGGGGUAUUUCAUUUUUAGAUCUACUUUUUUUUUUUUUUUUAUAAAGCUAUAGCAGUCAACAGUUUCCAGCAAUUGCCAUCCAGUGACAAUGGUAUCUCUAUAAACUUAAAAGAGGGAUUCUGCCCAAUCCUGUGGUAAUAACUGUACCAUCACACACUUGUUGAAGGCCACCUCAGUCCACAGGUGCUUCCUGGUCUCCAACACCCAGUUUAUUCUGGGCUUUGUUACCAUACUUUGGGGAUGAGCACUGAAGAGGUGCAAAUUGACAAUUGAAAGCACAUCUGUUAUAUCAUCAAAUACUAGGUGUGAUAAACGAUAACAUUCAAAAGGCAUCUUUUAUGAUUUUACUUGCUAACAAGGCUGUAAUUAUAACAUAUGUCACAAAAGAGAUAUGGUGGGGUGAUGCUGAAAGUUGAGGGUCAUUAAAUGACCAUGAUUCUCAUGGUCCUGUCUGCUUUCCUACUUUUGGGAAACCACCCCUGAUUAACCUCGUGAAUAUUAAUGAUUUUGUGAUUUGUUAAGGAGGUCUUUGAAAGAAUAAACAGGACUGACACUAAGCUUUCUGGUUUAAUUCUUUAUAAAGAUUAAAUAUAGUUUGGCUCGUUGGGGUUAUGCCCUGAAUGAACUGGCUUUGGCUUUAAAUGAAUUACGAGGAUCAAGGAGAAGAAUGUACACACACACCCUGGCCACGUCCUACUGAUUACAGGCUGGGUAUUGGGAUUUGCCUUUCACAGAGGUGAAGUCUUACAGAAUCAUGGACUUCAGAGUUGGAAAGGGUGUUUGAGAACAAACCCCUCAUUUUUUAAAUGAGAAAAUGAGUUUCCCGAGUCACAUAGGUAGAUAAUUGCAGUCUACUACCUAGGUGUCUCGACUCCUGCCCAGUCAGCUUGUUGCUUCUCAAGUGACUGAAGAGUGGUAACCCAUCCAAAAUGUAACAGUCAUCUGAGAUUUUGUCAAUCCAAUAUUCAUAUAUGGUGACAAGUAGCCUCUCUUAAAAUGUAAAUAUUCCAGGGAGCGUUAAAACUGUAGUUACUAAUGCUUAAAAAAAAAAAAAAAUUAGUAAGGACUGCCUUUCAACUAACAGAAGUUGAAAUCAGCCUACUGAACUAGCUUUUUAAUGAUGGAGGAAUAAGUCAUUUUGAAGAAUUGCUUUAAAAGAGGCAAGUAGGCCUUACUAAAUUGAGGGAUUGGAAGCCUUAGAAAAUUGAGGGAUUGGGGAAAUAGCUUGAAGUCAUGUCAAGAAGAGGAAUUUAAGAAAUGGACAUGGGAAGGCACUAAAAGCAAACUUUGGUCCUUACAGUUUUUCUGAGGUUAGCCUGGUAGUGCCAUCUUUAUAUGUGAAGGAUAACGUACUUGUUUUACAUUACUGAAUGCUGGAGAGAAGAGAGUGUUGCUUUAGUUUUGUGGUUAUAGUUCAUAUAUUUCCCCCUACUAAUUUUUUUUUUUUUUUUUGGAAUUGUAUAUGGAGUCCCUGGGUGGCACAAACCAUUAAGUACUUAACUACUAGCUGAAAGGUUGGUGGUUUGAACCCACUCAGAGGUGCUUCAGAAGAUAGGCCUGGCGAUCUGUUUCUGAAAGGUCACAGCCUUGAAAACCCUCUAGAGCAGUUCUACUCUGCACGUGUGGGGUUGCCUUGAGUCGGAAUUGACUUGACAGUAACUAAUAACAACAUCAAUUAAUUGUAUAUAAUAGUUCUUACCUUUUAAAAUGUUUUCAAGUUGUUAAGCUAGAGCUAAAAAUAGCUUUGUACUUGAGUAGUUUAUUAAAAGUUAAGUACACCCACUCACUAAACCAAAUGAAAAUUGAAUCUUAAUAGAAGACUUAACUGUUUAUUCUCAGUAAUUAUCUAUUAUUUUAGGCCAUCACAUUGAAUUUAUGAGAAUGCUGGUUUUCCUUUUGUAUGUUCACACAACAUAGGGAACCAUCUGCUGCGAUGAAAUUAGCAAAGUUUAACUUGGUGUUCUUUGGGGACCCAUUUAAAAUCAUUAGUCAAGGAUAGAUUGAUAAUACGCUUUAUACAGUUUUAUGAACCUUGUCAUGGGAAGCCUGUUAGCUGGAGUAGUCUGCAUUCAUAUGCAUCUGGUUUUAGCUCUACAGAGCUCUAUGAAUUUUAUUUUAUUUUAUUUAUUACUGGAGAAAGUCUACUAAAAUAGCCUGACCCCUUAGGCCGUGCCCUUCCUGUCAGUUUGGAUGUAAAGGUGUCACAUUUUCUGGAACAAAGAUAAUCUGCAGUUAUGUAAUAUAGCUGUCGAGUUUCCCAAGUCCUAUGUGGACAUGCUAGCAAUUACAGAAAGAAUUGUUCAGCUUGAUGAAAUAGUUUCUGUGCUGCUUAUUUUUAAACCUUAGAACCUGGUUCUAAAUGUGCUAGAGAGUCUUUAUACUUUUUUUUGAGCUGAUACGGACUUGGUCCUAGUAGGGUUCCUGCUACUGUCGUUAAAAAAUGAGAGAUGAAGCAAAACAUGGCACAGAUGGAAGAGCUCAAGUCACCUGAGAAUUUGAAGAGGUUUAAGGUAGAGUGCUUGUGCUUUCGUACAUUCUAUAAUCUCCCUGGAGGGGAGUGAGAGAGGGAGGGUAUCAGCUUUAUUUUUUAUGUGACGGUAUGAGGUACAGACAGGUCAGAUACGACAAGCAAAACCAGGAUUAAGAGCCCUGACUGGUGGAAGAGAAUCCAAACUCUACUAAAUAGAUCAUACCUUUUUUUUUUUUAAAGAUAUAUCUAUUCCCAUUAUUUUGAUUUGCUGUGUUUUUGAGGUGCUGCCCUGUAUUAACUGGUCACUCCUCACAAAUUACCAAUUUCCCAAAACAAUAGUUUGUGAACUCGUAGUGGGCCUCUUUAUAGACAUGGAAUAUAAAUAAUUACAAUUGCUUAUGACUUAACAUAGCUUCUGCAAACUAACUUAGGAGCCCUGGUAGUUCAGUGGUUGAGAGCUCAGCUGCUAACCAAAAAGGUGAGCAAUUUGAAUCCGCCAGCCACUCCUUGUAAGCUCUAGGGGGCAGUUCUACUCUGUCCUGUAGGGUCUCUAUGAAUUGGAAUCUACUCAGUGGCAAUGGGUUUGCUGUAUGGGUUUUUGCGAACUUUAACUGUAUGUGUUCAAAUUUUAGGUGGAACUUUCUAUCUUAGCUAAUAAAUACUAAGAGUCCACAGCAUCCAUAUGAAUUGCUAUAGUCAUCUGGCUGGAGCAGGUGCGAGUUAUAGUCCAGAUCAAUCUCUUGCUGACACCCAGGGGUUACACCGGGUUAAAUGAAACACCUGUGGCCUUCGUAUCUCACUGUGGAGCUGUUUAUUAUUCGUGUAUGCAGGCAUUUAAGACUUGACUAUCAUUUACAUGAAAAUUGAUACCAGUAAAGACGAUUAGAAUCUAUCAACAAAUGAAUCUCAGUGGUAAUAAGGCACAACCUGAAAAUGUAAUGGAUUUACAGUUUUUAAGAAUAGAAAGGGAUACGACUUCCCCCCCAUUAAUAAGAGUAAAGAGUUGGCUAUUUAACCAUGGUAGCACUCUCUGUUUAAUUGGUUACUGCUGUUAGAAAUGUAAAAUGAACCAUGUUUCUCAGUUUUUGACAGCUUCUCUGUCAUCAUCCUUUAGGAAUGUUUCUCCAAGUGUGAUUCUUGAGCCCCUUUCAGGUGGCUUGUGAGUUAGAUUACAGUUUAUAAUUUGAUUAUUUUCUUUUGUGGCUGGCAUGAACCAGAGCUUACCGACACAGUGAUUUAGAGCUGAGCUCAUUGACAUCUCGUCUUCAUGUAUGCCUGAUGACAGUAUUUUUGGCAGUUAAGCAGAUAAGGAAAGGUGGUCUCCAGGGUGUCAGUGCUCCUACAUAUGCACAGGACUGCAGCUCUAGGGCACCCGAGUGGCAUUCAGAGAAAUGAACGGUUGUCUAGUAUCAGCUUAGAACAUAAUGGCUUUCUCAUAUUUAAAGUGAUACUUUAGAUUUGGACGAUGCUUUGACUGGUCACAUAUACACACACAGAGAGGGAAUCAGUCCUGCUUGGGAAUGCUGCAGUGCCUCGCAGGUAAUAAAAAAUGCUUUCCUGCCAAGGUGAUGCUUUGGCACAGCUAUUACCAGGAAAAAAAGUGGAUGUGAGAAUGGAGGAGAGGCAGAAAAACAGAAGAAAAUGAAAACUUACUGAUAAUAAAAAGUAAAGCGUUUUUGCAUAAGUACAUAAGAAAAAUUUAACAUUCCUAAUUCUUUUUCAUGGAAAUAAAUUUCACCUGUGAAAACCAAGUUUAGCACCUCCACUACAACAUGUCACCGUCAAACCUCCACGCACCAAGCGUUUCUUAAUUUCUCUACUCCUUGCUACCCAGAGAAAAAUGCUUUGCUUUAAAUCUGCAUUUGAUAGCCGUGAUAAUUACGCUAUGUAUAUUUCAGCAAAUUUGUGUUUGCACAUACCCUAGGAUCCCAUGAUUAAAGGAGAGAGAACUUGGGUGAGUGCCAGAACAGCGGGGGACUGCAUUAGAACCUCCAUAGGAUCACUGGGGUGCCUGUUAGUCUACUGGCCCAGUCUGUCGUUACAAGUAGAAACCUUUCAGUUUAGUAGGUUCACGACUGAAACUGUUGGCAGUUUUUAGCUUAAAAUAUAUUAACACUUAUGCCCAUGAGUGGAUAUGUUUCUAUGCUUUCAUGUAUCAUUGCUGCUUGAAUGUUUUGUGUUUUAGUGAUCAGAGUUUAAUUAAUGGAAACUUUUAAAAUAAGUAAGUAAUAAUUUAUAUAUUGGGUUUUAAAUCCAGUAGGAUACCUCACACUCAGUUUUGCACUUUUAGUAGGAUAAUUUUUUAAGGCAUGAGGUAUUAAUUAAUAGGAUGCUUGAAUCUCUGGAUCUAUACUGGUGUUUUAUCAUACUCAAAGCACUCUGGGUGUCUGCGUUUUGUUUAAAUGAAUGUAUACACAUUUUCUCGAAAGUAUUCACCGCGUGUUCACAAUUGUCAGAUUAAUCAGCACAAUUGAAAGUAUCCGAGUGAAGUUUCAGUUAGUUGUCUAUGAAUUUUCUUUUCCACGUAAAGAAUGCCUUUCCCCAUGCUGAAGCAUUACAAACAACUCCUUUAUUUCCGCUUUCUCUCCGGUCGAGUGGUCCACCAUCAACAAGGCUAAGGAGACAUCUGUGACUCCAGCUAUGAAACACAGAAGCAGCUAAUUCUGACUACAUUGAAGCAGAGCACACACAUUUGAAAAGAAGCAUAAGGAAGUAUACAACAGCCAUGCAUAAAAGCCUUACGCAACCAAAUCCACCCGUGUUUAACACUCGUCUAUUUUCUUCUUUUGAAAGAAUAGGAUGAACUCAUGCUCAAAACCUUUCUAAGGCGUGAAAAUACAUCUGUUUUAUGUGGCACUUCAAAACAAGUUGGCACAGAAUGAAAAAU